AUGUCUGCUAUUAAGUUCACUUUCGCUUUGCGAAGGAAGAUCCUCGCCUUGAUUGUGCGUUCAGUGGCAGGUAAUGUUGGUGUUAAUGAACUCGCAAAAAGAAUUGAGAAGGCGAAGUCUGAAACGGCUUGUAUUGAUUUACUUCCGGACUUUGUGACUGCCAACAGUAGUGGUACCAUCGACGAGUAUUUUGGUGUUGAUAGAUUCGACUAUACUAAGAAGGAAAAGCCCGCUGCUGCUAUAAAUGCUGCAAACUCUCGUCCAGAGAAGACAUCAAGGGAUGAGACCUCGCAAGAGGAUUUCAUUCCACGACCCAAAUAA